ACUACUGGUACAAUCAAUUUUUCUAGACGGAAGUCAUAUAUAAGAGGCCAUCUAUGGUACCAACCUAUAUGAUUCUGAUUUUCUUAUCCCACUGCAGGUCUUGGUUAGAGAAGGUCUGGAGGAAGCUACUGGGGUGGAGAAGCCGCCCAUCUGUCAUGAGAACUACCGGUGGUGGUGAGAUAGACCACGACAACCACCUACUACUCGACCUCACAGGAUUUGUAUCCAAGGAGUCUCCCAACCCCGUAGCGCAGGGUAGUUUCGGGGACGUGUGGAAAUGCACUUACACCGCGUCCAACCGUCAAGGCCUGGAGGUAGCAGCCAAAUCCAUAAGGAUCGAUGUUGCAGGUGACGAUUCAAGGGCCAGAAUUACUAAAAGACUCUUGGACAAUUUCCAUGCAAGGAAGCAACUUCAUCACGAAAAUCUUUUGCCUCUGCUCGGUUUCAGUUACGAAUUCGGGCUGCUUCCGGCGAUGGUUUCCCCCUGGAAACACAAUGGCUCCCUCACCACAUAUCUUGCACACAAUUUUACACAAUUGACCAUCGAAUCAAAGCUCCGGAUCUUGCGACAAGUCGCUGCAGCCAUCAGCUACCUCCACUCGAAGGGCAUUGUUCACGGUGACCUUACUGCCAACAACAUUCUGAUAGAUUCGAACCACAACGCCCACGUAGCAGACCAUGGCAUCCUCACAAUAUGUUCUGAGCUGUCAGGGACUUCGUACAUCAGAAGCAACGUGCGGUGGGCCGCGCCAGAGCUCUUCGAGGUGUCCGAGAACGAAGAGUCAUCUGCUCCAAAGCCAGCGAGCGAUAUUUAUUCCUUCGGAUGCAUCAUGCUUCAGGUUAUGACAGGCAGACCACCCUAUGCAGAUGUGCGAAGCGAUCAUCAAGUCACUGUUUUGAUCAUCAAGGGUAAGAAGCCCACAAGACCCUCCAGUCCGCCUAUAGCAGAUUAUUUCUGGGAUUUCAUCGGGAAAUGCUGGAAUGAUGCAGGAAGUCGCCCCUCUGCCGUUGAGGUCUUGAGCUUUCUAGAGUCAGAUCAUGUCACUGCGCUUUAGGGUUCAAUAAUACGCUAAUAACACGUACCAAAAAUCAUGAGGCUAAUAUUGCUAACACCUCCCUAUG